AUGCCCGUCCGCCCCACCACCAACAGCAACUCGGCACCAACCUCGGCGUCGGCGACAGGCACACGCAACUCGCCCGCCAGGGAGUACCCUCCCGAGACGUACGAGUCGGCUGUCGAGGAGCUCGAGCCCGAACCCCUGCCUCUGCCCUCGUCAAGCAGGAUCGCAGGUGCCGAGCACUUCCGCCGUGGCUCGGCCCCGGCAUUCGGACCCCGCAAGGACCUCCCUUCACCUCCCGUAGGCCCCGUCAUGCCCGACUUCCACGACAUGGUCGACCACCGUCGCCGCGUCAGUGCAGCCAACGCAGACGACGCAGGCGUCGCUACCGUCAAGCGCAAGACCAGCGUCGUCAAGAAGUUCAAGGACCGCGUCGUCAAGGCUUAA